AUGUGCCCCAGAAAUGCAGAUAUUAACAUUCUGAAGUUGAAGGCAUUUCCAUUCUCACUGGAGGACAGGGCCAAGUCAUGGCUUAUUGAUCUACCAACUGGACAUAUUGACUCAUGGGAGAAGAUGAUGAGUGAGUUUCUGACCAAGUACUUUCCAGCGUCAAAGAUCACGGUGAUGAGGAAGCAGAUCACCGGAAUCCAGCAAGGACCCGAGGAAACUUUUUGCGCUUAUUAUGAAAGAUUCAAGGCCCUUGUUGCAACGUGCCCAUCCCACGGAUUCAAGGAGAACAACCUACUGCAAUACUUCUAUGAAGGACUUUCAUCUUUGGAGCGCCAGCUGCUGGACGCUGCAUCUAAGGGGUCCUUCCUUGACAAAACACCUAGAGAAGCAUGGACAUUGUUAGAUAAUCGUGUCCUGAAUGAUCAGCAAUAUGCUGGUGCAUUGGCAUCUUCUCGGAAGGUAAAUGAAGUAAAAUCGAGCACCACUCUUGAAAGCAAGAUUGAUGCAUUAUUAGCUCAUCUUGUUUCCGGGAAAAAUCAUGAGGUGAAAGCUUGUGGUGUGUGCUCAAAUCAAGGGCAUCCAACUGAUCAGUGCUCUCAAUUGUUUGAAAAUGGGGGAUGGGAAACUCUUAAUGUUGUUGGACAACAAAGAUACAAUCCUUUUUCCAACACCAACAAUCCUGGACUAAGGGAUCAUCCAAAUUUCCGUUGGAGCAAUACGGAGAAUGUCCAGAACCCACCCCAAUAUUCUGCAGGCCCAUUUCCACGUCCACAAGGCUUCUUUCAGAAGCCCCAGGUUCCUCAAAACUUUGCUUCUACUUCUAAUUCUAAUAAUGUUACUCCUUCUUCAUAUGAUAAGAUGCUUGAAGCCCUUUUUCAAGGGAAGCAAAAUUUAACAAAUUCUACUCAAGCUUUUGUGCAGGGUCAAACUAAUAAUACAAAGGAUAUAGCUGAGCUUAAGAACCAAGUGGGGAAAAUAGUGGAUUUCAUGGGAAAAAUUUCUGAAAGUGGAAAGCUUCCACCAAGCACCGUUCCAAACCCAAACUCAAAUUUUGAGUCUGCAAAAAUAGUAGCAACAAGGAGUGGACGUGUGUUUAAUGAGGUUCCAAAGAAAAUCCAAAAGAAGACACAAGGUGAGGACGAUGGAGUUGAAAUGACCAAGAAUGAUUUGGAGGCAGAUCCUGCCACUUCCAAAAUUGAAGCAAAACUGCCCCAACCAACUGAACCACAAAAAGGUAAUGAUUCUAACUUUCAAAGUUCAGUUAUUACUAACCCUCCCUAUGCACAUGUGCCAUUUCCAAGCAGGUUUCAAAAAUCAAAGAAAGAAGAAUCUGAUCAAGCCAUCUUGGAAGUUUUUAAGAAAGUGCAAGUGAACUUGCCCUUGAUUGACUGCAUUAUUCAAGUUCUCAAAUAUGCAAAAUUUUUGAAGGAGUUGUGCACCACAAGGAGGCAAACAAGAGAGAAAGAAGUUGUGAAAAUGAGUGAGACUGUUUUUGCAGUUCUCCAAAGGAAACUACCACACAAGCUAAAGGAUCCAGGGAGUUUUUCUAUCCCUUGUUUAAUUGGUGAUACUAGUUUUGACAGUGUCAUGCUUGAUCUAGGUGCAUCCAUUAAUAUUAUGCCAUAUAGCUUAUAUGCAUCUAUGGACUUAGGUGAACUGAAGAAAGACAAUGUCAUAAUUCAAUUGGCAGAUAGGUCUAACAAGUAUCCUAAGGGAUAUGUUGAGUAUUUUCUUGUGCAUGUUAAUCACUUGAUUUUCCCUGCAGAUUUCUACAUCAUUGAUACGGAAGACUCACCCUCUAGUUCAACUCCUAUACUUUUAGGGCGUCCUUUCAUGAGAACUGCAAGAACAAAGAUUGAUGUGCAUGCUGGCACAUUGACAAUGGAGUUUGAUGGAGAAGUUAUUGGAUUCAACAUCUUUGAAGCCAUGAGGUAUCCUUUAUCUGAGCUUAAACCAUGCUAUUCUAUUGAUAUCGUUGACUCUCUUGCGCAGAAUUUCCUAAAUUAA